AUGGGUAAAGAUAAAAAACGAAGCAGGAGAAUGACAAUUGUGAGAAGCGGAUUCGGAGAUGGAAUUCGGGUCGAUUCUGAUAAAGAAAAUGAAACCGUCAAUCCUCAAGUAGAGAAUCCCGCGUUGAAAGAGCAAAAGUCUGUCUCGGACUCAGACAAGCUCGUUGACGAGCUUGCGCAGAUGCAGGCUGAGGAUGGGACUCAAGUAGUAGUUGAUAUAGAGUCUACUGAGACAACUGAGUCUAAGAAAUUAGAUGUCGAGGUAGAACUGCUUCUGGGAGAUGAUCCAGGAGCAAAGAAAAAAGAACAAGUGGGGCUGCACGAGAGUUUGGUGUCGCGUUGGUCAUCUUGGCUGACUGACGGAUUACCGAAAGAGGUUAAAGACAAGGUGUUAGAGAAAUAUCCGCGUAAGGGAAAUAUUUCUCUCGAGGCCCCAGAAUUAAAUGAAGAAAUUUCAGCUACACUGAACGAAACGGGCUAUCAAGAUAAUGGGUAA